GCUUUGUGAAUUCUGGAGAAAUGAAUUGAUGGAAGAUAUAGAAGAUAUAGAUGAACAAAGAAUGCUCCGGCAAUAUGAGCAACAACAAAUGGUACAUCAAAGAGCUCAAAGAUCUUCUAGUAGAACACAGAGGAUUGAAUCUAGAUCGUGAAGUCGGACAUGCUCGUCUUUUCAAUGAUUACUUAUAUGAUGAGCUAAUAUAUUUUGAUGAUAUAUUCCGAUGUCGAUUCCGAAUGCAAAGAGGAUUAUUUCUUCGUAUAGUUGAUGUCUUAAAAAAUCAUUUAGAAUAUUUUCAAUGAAAGGUCGAUGUGACGGGGGAAAAAAAUUUCGAGGCCUUAUUGAUCAUUCAAAAUGCACAGCGCCUAUCCGUUAAUUGGUGUAUAGAGUCCUUGUUGAUCAUUAUGAUAAGUACCUACGAAUUGCUGAAACAACUGUCAUCCAAUGCAUAUUAAAUUUCUGUUGAUGUGUAAUUGAAGUGUUCGAGACCCAAUAUUUGAGAAGAUCUAAUGCUACUGAUAUCCAAUACUUGAAAUGCAUGAGCAGAGACAUGAUUUCUCUGACAUAUUGGCUAGUCUGAUUGUAUGCAUUGACACUGGAAAAAUUGUCCCAUCGCUUGGAAAGGCCAGUUUAAUUACUAAGGGAGAUCAUGACAUCUCAAUAAUUGUGCUUGAAGUAGUCACAUCUACGGACUUAUGGAUAUGACACGUUUUUUUUUGAUUGCAGAGUCGCGUAAUGAUAUCAACGUGCUUAACGAAUCACCUUUAUUCAACAACAUAUUACAAGGAAAUGCACCCGAGGUUAAUUUUAUGGUUAACAAUACACAAUAUACAAAAGGAUACUAUCUAACUAAUGUGAUUUAUCUAGAAUGGACUACUUUUCAUCAAGAGCUUUCCAUGCUCCUAGGAUCCUAAGCGAAAAAUGUUGAAGGAACGAUAAGAGGACAUGAGAAAGGAUGUCGAGUGGACAUUUGGGGUGCUCCAAUCUCGAUUGACAAUGAUCAGAGGUCCAGGACGAUUUUGGUAUAAAGAUAAUUUGAAAUACAUCAUGUAUAUAUGCAUUAUUUUACACAACAUGAUUAUUGAAAAAUAAGGGAGAUAUAGUAGUCAAUUGGUUGAAUGAUAAAGGAGAUCCUUUAUCUCAAAUAUUUCAAGGCUCCAUCCAAGAAUUUCAAGAAUACCUCUAGAGAAAUUGUGAACUACGUAAUAAUCAACUGCAUCAUCAACUUCGAACUGACUUGGUUGAGUAUAUUUGGGCACGCUACGGUUGUGAUCAAUAAAAAAAUAAUUUAUUAAUUGCCAUACAUGUACGGUAAUAUUUAUAUAUAUAUUUUUAAUUAAUGUUGUUUCAUAUUAACCAUUUAUAAUUUUUUUUUUAAAUUUAAUUAUAUAUAAUGUAGAAUAGGAAGGAGAUAUAUAUAAUGAAAAGUGUGAGACUCAUAGAGGGGUUGUUGAGAGGUUUUUUUUAUAGUGGAAAGAUGUGUAAAGUUUUUUACUUUCGACCUAGUGCGGAUAUGACAAUGAAAGGGUUCAUGGAGAGGUUUCACUAUUGUGAAUGCCUUUAGUAACGGGUGAUCUUACUUUCGACCUAGUGCAGAUAUGACAAUGAAAGAGUUCAUGGAGAGGUUUCACUAUUGUGAAUGCCUUUAGUAACGGGUGAUCCAGCUACUUCUCCAAUAUUGAAUGAGACUUAUCUAGUCCAUUCAAUAACAAAUUUUUAUUAUAUAAAAAAGAAGGUUGAAUGAAGUGGUGAAUUUCCAAUUUUGAGUUCCAGUUCAAGAGGGAAAACCCAAAUUGUUAGGCAUUAAAGAUUGUCAAUUUGAUCUUAAGUGUUAGUCAGACUACAACUAAUUGUAAGUUGACUUAAUGUGUAAUACUUAAUCAAUAAAUACAACUUAAGAAUACCUUGGCCACCAAAUCAAGCACCAACUUAAGUUAUAUUCAUUUAUGCUAUCCCUUUGACCUACUUUGCCAACCUCAGUCUCCAACCAUGGAAGACCCACAUCUCUAUCAUCAUCCUUGGCCACUGCCUCUCCAUAGAUCCUUACUCACCUUAGAGAAGCAUCAUAAUUGACACUCAAAGCAUGCGAAUCUAACUCUCGAUAUAAUUCUUUUACUAAUUCAUGUUUGUCGUCGUCUAUAAAAAUCUAGUGUUCUAGAUAAAUAUCAUGACACCUAAAUCAAUCCCAAUCCCAAUCCCCAUCCAAAUCAAAUCAAUUUUUUUUACCCUAAUUGAAAUGGAAAACUGUUGUUUUCUCCUCUUUUUGUCGUGGUGAUUUUGUGGCUAGAGCAUGAGCAUUCACGAUUGCUUGGCUGUGAGCUCAUGGUAGAGCUCGCGGCUGUGAAAUCACGGCCGCUGCUUGGCCAUAAUUUCAAAGCCAGAACGUGAGCAUUUGCAGCCACUUUGUGUGGUUUUGUGGCCGUGAGCUAGCAACCAGUCAUAGCAGCUGCGAAAUUGCAGUCACCUAGCUGCAAAUGGUUUAUGGCCAGAUGGUAUGAUUAUAUAUGAAGUCGUGAGCUCCACCGUGAGCUCACGGCCAGGCAGCUAUGAAUCCUCGUGGCCCGGAUGAGAAAUCUCGGAGGCCGUAAUCUCUUGUCCAAAGGAGGGAUUAUAUUCUAUGGUCCAUGGACGAAGAGAACUAGAGAAGAGAGAUUCAGUCAGUUAAUAAUUAAGAUCACGAAGGCUUCGAGGAUGUUGCCGGUAGAGAAAGAAGCUAAAGCUGCAUGAUUCAUGCAUUGAACACGAUUGGAGCACGCAGCUACCGUCGAGUAUAUCUACAAAGCUCCAACGUUAUGGUUCAUGGCCACUGAUUUAGCUCCAACUAGGAUAAGAGAGAUAAUUAAGAUAAGAAUAUAAUUACAAGAAACAAAAUAAAAUUAUGGCUAUAAAAGAGAGACCCAUUGCCCUUCCUCUUUCAGGCCUACCGGAUUCAGUCUUUAGAUGGCUGAGAAGGGGAAGGAGAAGAAGGAGGAGAAGAAAGGCCCAAAGGUCGUCACGGUUAUCAUAAGGGUUGAUCUUGGAUGCCGAUGCUGCGCCAAGAAGAUAAAGAGCACUCUGUGCAAGCUCCAGAAGCGAUUCAAGAUCAGUUCCAUCGUGUUCGAUGAGGAGAAGAACACUGUGACGGUCUCCGGCCCCUUCGACCCCAACGCCUUCAUAAAGCAGCUCUGCUGCAUCGCUUACAAGGUGAUCAAAGACGUCUCUAUCAAACCGGACCCCCCGCCGCCGCCGCCACCGCCGCCGCCGCCUCCUCCGCCUCCGCCGCCACCAUGUCCGCCGCUGUGGCCACCUGUGUGUCUGCCUCCGUGUCCGCCUCCGUGUCCACCGCCUUGUCCGCCUCUGUGCCUGCCUCCGUGUCCGCCUCCGUGUCCGCCGCCGUGUCCGCCUCUGUGCCUGCCUCCGUGUCCGCAGCCGUGUCCGCCGACCAAGCCCUGCUGUCACUGCCAGUGUCCGCCGACCAAGCCGUGUCCGCCUCCGUGUCCGCAGCCGUGUCCGCCGACCAAGCCCUGCUGUAACUGCCAGUGUCCUCCGACCAAGCCGUGUCCGCCGGAGUGUCCGCCGGAGUGUCCGCCGAUUUGGCCGCCAGUGUGGCCGCCGAUUUGGCCGCCAACGUGGCCGCCAGACAUAUGUAAUACCAACUACCCAUGCUUCAAAAUCGUGUGCGAGCCCGAGCCUUCCCCCGUGUGCACCAUCAUGUAGUUCAAUUCUCUUAUAACUUCGCACAUAAAUAAUUCAGUGAGCGGAUCUUGAGGUUGAGGAACGUCAACCUCGGAACGCAAUAUUGUAAGCAAACUGUACCGUUAUCGAGUCGCAUCUCUAUCAAGAAAUAAAUAUAUAAUCUGCUUCUAUUUAUCG